CAAAUGGCGGAUGUGAUCAUUUUAGAGGAUAAUAUUGAAUAUAACGUGCAUAACGCAUCUGCUGAGAGUACAAACACUGCAAACAGCACUAUAAGUACUUCGUCAGCAGAUACACUUUUAGUACUGACAAGAAACCGCUUGUUGAGGAAUGCAUGUAAAGAUUUACUCAACACAUUUCAUCGCUAUAAGGAAACAAUGGAAGAAUUGAUAGAAAAGCCCGUUGAAAUUCUUGAUAAACAAACUAACAAUUGCAUCUCUGCUGACAAGGCUACGUUAAAAUUGUCUGAGAAAAUAUUAAAACAAGCUGUUCGUUUACUGAAGGAAGGUGUGAAAACUAUGAAAAAAGCAAUGAAUGAACAUAGUCGCAAAAUCGAAGAACUAUGUAACUAUGAAGAUUGUUCGAACAGCUACUCUAGUAAAGUUAUUUUCGAAAAUUGUAAAACAGCGAAAGGAAAUGAAAUCAGUAGUGAAAUGUAUGGUUUGGAAAACACUAGUAGUAUAGCGUCAUCUGAUAUUGAUGUUACUUACCAAUAUGAUGUAUGUCCACGUUUGAAAGGUCAACCGCAUGGAGAUAGUUACACAAAUCAGAUAUCAUCAAAGACUAAUGUGCAUAGGACUCCUUCACAUCAAUGGAAAUGUACUAAUUCUAGUUCUGACGAAAGUGCCAUUGAUUGUUGUAUUGAGGAAAGAGCCAGUGAUGUUAGUUCUGAUGAAAGUGUCAAUGAUUCAUUCACGUGUUCGGAAUCCGAAUACAAAAAUGACUUUUACACAAGUGCAAUAAUUUGUUCAUCAGUUUCUGAUGUUGAAAGUUUAACUAAAGAAUUAACUGAAAAUCAUAACUUCCGUACCAAGGAUGAACUAAUUUUCACUGAAAUCUAUAAUGCGUCUUUCGAAGAUUGUACUCCAGUAAAUGGUGAAAAAACUAGAAACGUUUUUACAGACUGGGGUCCAUUUGUUGAGGAAUUGGUGGACGUAUUUGAGGAUAUUGCCUCCUUACCGGAUGAGAACAAUCCGUUAGGUAAUAAAAUUGACCGUAGGACUAUAAUCGAAAUAUUUGUGUGACUCCCUCGGGGCUUUAUAAAUAUUUGAAUUAAAGCAAAUUUAACUUACAGAAAAUCAAUAUGCAACAUAAAAUUACUAAAACAUACCUUUUUUCAAGGUGUUUUUUUUUAAUUUUUUUUAUACGUGAACUGCAAGAAGAAAGUUUUUUUUUUAUCAAUUUUUCCUAUAUACACAAUAUUCAUUUAGAUAAAUUACCAGUAAGUUCUAGAAUCCUCGCCUCAGUUGAGCUAAGAAGCUAACACACAUAUUUGUUUAGUUGAUAGUACAUAUAGUUAAUCAAAACAUAAUUUCCGGAUAAGGUUCACAUUAGGUAAAACGUAAAUAAAAGGAUGCAGAAAUUAGAACAACACCAUAGAAAAAAUCAUGCGUCGGAAUUGCACUUUUGUACCCACAUACAAAAGAAACGCCAAAACCCAGAAACCCGAAAGCAGGAUGUACAAAUAAAACCUUACCGAUAUCAAAAUGUGUAUAUGUCAUUGAUUUACUACGGUACAGUAUCCAUCAGCUAUUGCACAUUAGCAAACGAGUAAGGCGGUGGCGAAUCUUGUUCGGUAUGUUGGACAUUGGAACGACUUGGAGAAAAAAUCAUUACAGCUCUGCUA